AAACUAAAAUGCAAAAGAAUUAAAUUUGUCACGAAAAAAAGAUACACGUUUUUAGUUGCAUUAUUUGCUAAAAUUGAACUGUGGAAAAAUUUAGUCACUGGAAAUUCAAGUUGCAGGUUUUUUUUUGGUUUCAACGAGCAUCUUAGCAAGCAACAUAAAGAAUUUGCAAUUAUAUGCUUAAAAUGGUUCUUUGGGAAGCUGAUGAGCUUGAUUUACUCUUGUAGUCUGGAUAAAUUUGAUAGGUCCUCUAUAAAAUGCAGAAAUCAAAACUAACAAUUUUGAUCGUCCGGGACCAACACUAGGGCCAGAAACCAUUAAUACACCAAGGAAAAUCAAAAAAUUUUAGCAAUCGCUCUGAAAUUAUAAAUCGCUUUGAAAUUAUAGACUUAUAUUGGUUCUUUGGGAAGCUGAUGAGCUUGAUUUAGUCUUUACUCCGCCGAAAAACGACAAACAAAAAACUGAAAGAUACUUGGUCCAGCGUCAAAAACACACUCAAGCACACACGCGCACACUCACACAUUGAACUUUUUUAUUUAUUCACUGCAUAAAAAUUAAUCCAAAGUACUUAACUAGUAUUGUGUAGAGCUCCUUAAAUUUUUUGUUGCACAAGAUCGUUUUUACUUCAAUCAAAAUAUCUAGGUUCUUAGAUUAAGACGCUUGUCCAAACAAAUAAUCUCAUGCCAUUUUACUCCUUAUGACUUUUUGCUGUAAUUUAUUAUUCCGAGUCGCCUCAUAACUGCCCCAGAUGAUAUGAUGAACAUUUGAUAUCACUUUCUUGUCUGUUUCGCAGAACUACAGUGCCAUGCACAACAAUUGCACUUGAACAUCGUUUCCAUGCGACAAAGAAAUUAAACUUCUCCAAAUUUGGUUUACUUCUGAACUUCAUAUCGCUUAUUUUUUGGCUUCGAGAGUUCCGAUUUGAAGGUCAUUUGAUUAAAAAAAAUUGCGAUGAACUUGAAGCUCGCUGUUGUUUCGAUUUCUGUAGCGUUGGCUGCCAUUUUGGUUUACCUAAUUUCGGCAAACAAAUGGACGGAUGAUCAAUUGGAGUUUCCUCUUUGUUACACACAUGGCAUCCUUCCUCUGAGGAGACUGCUGCCAAAGUUGAUUCCCAAGAAGUCGCUCGAAAACGGAACCUAUUUACGCCACAGCGCACAACAAAUGCGACAGAUGCGCAGCUGGUGUCUAAAAAAUGAGCCAGAUGCACCAUUGGAGAGUGUGUACAAGGAUGGCAGAAGGGAGAUAUUGAGAUACGCAGGAGAACGAGUUACGAGUCCGAAGACCACACUGGUUCACAUACAUGGGGGAGGAUAUGUAUUCGGAUCUCCAGAGGAAGCUGCUGGUUCAGUGCUGAGAAUGCAGAAUGAGACUGGAGGUCAGAUGUUCUUUAUCCGAUACAGUCUGGCACCUGAACACCUGUUCCCCACAGCUGUGGAUGAUUGUGUGGCCAUGGUCAAGUACAUCAUGGACCAUAGUGAACAACUGGGAGUGGAUAGACGCAAUGUGCAGAUAUUUGGAGACAGUGCAGGGGGGAAUCUGGUGACUCAAGUCGCCUUACAAAUGUUAGAGCAGAAAGACAAAUAUCCUAUCAAGGCAGUGCAUGCUGUGUAUCCAGUGUACUACAUGCUGUAUGAUUUUCCAGCUAUGAAGGAAUUCUCCACAGACCCUGCAGGAAUUCUGAACCUGGAAGACAUAGCCCGAUUAUUUAACCUGUUUCUACUGGGCAAUGGAGACUGUACUGAAACUAAACUAAGGAGCCAACACGUCAGUAAACGUGUUUGGAGCGAGUUCAAAGGACGAGUUGAAACACUUGCUAUUUGGAACACUUAUCCGCUUUCGAAAAUGAACAUCGAAAAAAUUGAUCCGACAACCAACGCAAAAAAUCACGACGCUGAUUGUCAAACAAAAUUGGAAAAUCAAAUGUUGGAUUCGAAAAAUAACAUCAUAUUUGCAGCUGCAAACGAGUUGAAAAGAUUGAAUGAUACCCGGUUCAAUGUGUACAGCUGUGAAAUUGACCUUCUUCGAGAUGACUCAUUUUUCAUGGCGGCCAUUUUGGGGUCACUCGGGGUCGACUACCACCACUCGCAUAUUGAGAAUUGCUACCACGGCGCAUUUAAUGACAAUACUAAAGGAGGCAUUUCUCUGAUGGAUGAUGUCAUCAGACAAAUGAAAAAAUAUGACUUAAAUUUGACGAUUAAGCGGAAUAAAAAAACUGGAAACUAAUUGUCAGUAAGCAAAAAUUUGAAUAUUUAUAGAUUACUAAACUACCAAAAAAACAGGAUAGGAAUAAAAAUGAAAAGUGAUAGUUUUUUAGGGUUUAUAAAAUAAAUGAAUACUCUUUACUUAAUCAUUGACUGAAAUUAAUAAUCAUUGACUGAAAUUUUGCCUGACUUCGAAAACCUAGCUGAGCUGAAAAUUGCCAAGCAACAGUAGCUGGUUUAUGCAUAAUGCGGAGGCAGACGCUCCCAUCCUCACGAAUUCGACCCAAACGCUGAACAAAAACCCCUUUCGUGGGGGACGUUUCGGUCUGACAAAAUUUCGAAGAACGUUUUUUGAGCCGAGAUCGAAUAAAAAGUUGGCUUGAAUGAAAACAACCAACGAGCCCUCGAAAUGAAAAAAUUUUAGCCCUCGAAAUUUAAAAAAUUUCAAGUCGCGGAGCAGGAGUCGAUCUAAAUAAUUUUGCCUAUUUUAAAAGCACAGAAAUGGACUUUACGGAAGACUCAGGAAAAGUAAUUCUUACACCCUGCGCCAUAGCAUAGCGGUAUGGAAGCAAGGACUCCAAACGCUGAACGCAUUUUUCACGAGUGGAGCCAAGAAAUAGCCGCCAUCAACUAGAUUAUUACGCCCCGAGACUACCAACCCAAGACCAACUGCUAACACGCCGAUACCUGGACCUUCGCGGUUCGUAGAGCCUUCGGUGGCAUUAGCCAAUAUUGAAAACAAAAAUAUUUGAUCGGCUCGUUUUCAACCUCCGCUCUCUGUGCAAGCUGUUUAAUCUUCAACAGACAAAGACAACAAAAAGAGUUCAUUGUUGGAUUCUGGGAUAUUUGAGGUUCCAUAUUUGAGGUUUCAUCAUUGGAUUCUGGGGAAAACAUAUAUGAGCCCACAACACAGCCUUUAUGCGUUGCUGGCCAAAAAAAACUUUUAAAAAAUCAUAUCAUCACUUCUUAGAGCGUCCGAAAUACUAGCCCCGGGAGCCAACACGAACUUAUUUUGCAUGACUUUGAGCAAGCCGCUAUCCAAGUUUUUCGAGAAAACUUCCCAGAGUCAAAGUAUUCUGGAUGUUUCUUUCAUCUAUCUCAAAUCUACAUGCGAAAACUUUUAGAACUCAGGCUGAAAAAGGAGAUCGCAGAAAAUUACGAAUAUGAAGUGGCACUCAAACUUUCACCCGCCAAUUUGAGUCGGAUUUCUUUCUUGUGUAACAACAACAUAAAAAGGCAUCUUAUUAUUGGAUUCUGAAGCAAAAUGAACAAUUUUUUUAAAUUCGCAUUUCCAGAAUUUUUGAGGACCAGUUAUCGACUUACUAUUAAUUUAUAGGAAUUUGAAUGAGGACGGAAGCAAAUGCCACUUGUAAUUGGGAUUUAUAACGCUGAUAACUUAAGGUUCUAUAAAAACUAGAAACCUUUCAAGUAUGUUGAUUUUACUGUUGAUCAAUUGAUCAUCUAAGUUUUAUUUCAAAAAUUAUACCAGAAGCCUUGUAUCAAACAGUGAUUUUAUGUUCCAAUCGAGUUUAUGGAUCACUGUAAUUUCCGCCAGCUACCAAGAGAAUCAUCACACGCAUGACAUGCGCUGCUGAGGGAUUAAUUUUUGGAAUCAAUCCUCUCAUUUUUUACAGUGGAAUCAAUUUUAAAUUCUAUGCAAAAAGCGAAAACAAAAAUAGUAAAAAACAGUAAUGUAACACUCCCAAUGCAUUUGUCAGAGUAGAGAAUCUUCUUAUAACUUGAAAUUUGAGAA